AUGGUGAUAUCCGCUUGGGGAAACAACUUCCCAUUUGCGUGCUGCUCCGUCAUUGUUUACGUCACCUCACAAUUUCCACAAGCUAUGGAUAUUCUUCUUGCUGAGUUCCACAAAGCUUGCAUUUACACAGUCCCAAAGCAUGUUGUAUCAGCUUGCGACAACUCAGACACAUAUUAUAAACGCAUACAGUCCAUAAUGAGACUCUACGGGGCACUUGUCCGGACCGAUGUUUGUGGUAACAUCCAUGGGAUUGAACACGGAUGGGCUUGGUUUGCUCGGUUCCUUAACAAAAUCUCUGCCAACAACAGAGCUACUGCAACAGCCUUUCACGGCUUCCUCCAGACAGCAGGAUUUGGUCUUCAUCGGAGGUACAAAACUCAGUUCUUGAAAGUUGUGUGUGUUUUCAGAGAGCAUUUCUUGGCGAAAUUGAGGGCAGAAAAGUACUAUGAUGCACAAUUCAUAAGCGAUAUCAAGGCCUACUUAGAUGACCAGAUGUAUCUCGAGGAACCUGAAGGAAGAACUAUGCAGACGAAUCAGUAG